GACCGCCCCCCGUCCCGGUGUGAGGCUGGCACCGCCCCUGUUCUGACAGGUGACCGGACCGUGCUCAGGGGCAGCUGUUUCUCUCCGUCUUUCCUCUCGCCGCCGCCGUACGACCACUGUCCCGCGAGUCAAGAUGCCGAAACCCAUCAAUGUCCGGGUUACGACCAUGGAUGCGGAACUGGAGUUUGCCAUCCAGCCCAACACCACCGGCAAGCAGCUCUUUGACCAGGUGGUGAAAACAGUCGGGCUGCGAGAAGUCUGGUAUUUUGGACUCCAGUACACUGACAACAAGGGGUAUUUGAACUGGCUGAAGCUCGAAAAGAAGGUGUCCCAGCAAGACUUAAAGAAGGAGAGUCCAGUCCAGUUCAAGUUCCGCUGCAAGUUCUUCCCUGAGGAUGUGUCGGAGGAGCUGAUCCAGGAGACCACUCAGAAGCUCUUCUUCCUUCAGGUGAAGGAAACCAUUCUGUCCGACGAGGUCUACUGCCCUCCCGAGACAGCCGUGCUCCUCGCCUCCUACGCCGUGCAGGCAAAGUUCGGAGAUUUCAACUUGGAAUCCCACAAGGCCGGCUACCUGACAUCCGAUCGGCUGCUCCCACAGCGUGUGAUGGAGCAGCACAAACUGACCCGAGAGCAGUGGGAGGAGAGGAUCCAGAUUUGGCACGAGGAGCACCGUGGGAUGCUGAAAGAGGAUGCCAUGGUGGAGUACCUGAAGAUUGCCCAGGACCUAGAGAUGUACGGCGUCAACUAUUUUGAGAUUAAGAAUAAGAAGGGCACGGACCUUUGGUUGGGAGUUGAUGCCUUGGGUCUCAACAUCUACGAACAUAAUGACAAGCUGACACCAAAGAUUGGUUUCCCCUGGAGUGAAAUCCGCAACAUUUCCUUCAACGAUAAGAAGUUUGUCAUCAAGCCCAUCGACAAGAAGGCCCCUGACUUUGUCUUCUAUGCUUCUCGCCUGAGGAUCAACAAGAGGAUCCUGCAGCUGUGCAUGGGCAACCACGAGCUGUACAUGAGGCGGCGGAAGCCCGACACCAUCGAGGUGCAGCAGAUGAAGGCUCAGGCUCGGGAGGAGAAGCACAAGAAGCAGCUGGAGAGAGCUCAGCUGGAGCAGGAGAAGCAAAAGAGAGAGAUGGUGGAGAGGGAGAAGGAGCAGAUGGAGAGGGAAGCCCGUGACUUGAUGUUGAAGUUGAAACAUUACGAGGAUCAGACAAAGAAAGCUGAGCAGGACCUGGCCGAUCAGAUGCAGAGAGCUGCCCAGCUGGAGGAUGAGAGGAGGAGAGCCAAGGCGGAGGCCGAGCGGCUGGAGUUCGAACGCCUGGAGGCCCUGCGUGCCAAGGAGGAGCUGCAGAGGCAAGCAGAGGACCAGAUGAAGAGCCAGGAGCAGCUGGCCGCAGAGUUGUCUGAAUAUACAGCGAAGAUCGAGGAGCUGGAGGACGCCAGGAGGAUGAAGGAGGAGGAAGCCUUUGAAUGGCAGCAUCGGGCACAGACCGUCCAAGAGGAUCUGGAGAAGACCAAGGAGGAGCUACACAUGGUGCUGUCCGCCCCGCCCCCUCCCCCACCCCCUCCCGUCUACGAGGUGCCGGAGGACCCUGACCAGAAUGAUGUUGAGGAGAACCACUCUUCAGACAGUGCUGAGCUGGUCUCAGAGGGCAUCCUGGACCACAGGAUCGAGGAGCAACGCAUGACCGAGGUGGAGAAGAACGAGCGGGUGCAGCAGCAGCUGAUGUUGUUGAGCACUGAACUGGCCCAGUCCAGAGAUGAUAGCAAGAAAACCUCCAAUGAUAUCAUCCACCUGGAAAACGUGCGGAAAGGACAGGACAAGUACAAGACCCUGCGCCAGAUCCGGAGGGGGAACACCAAGCAGAGGGUGGAUGAGUUUGAAUCGAUGUAAAGCUUCCUGGAUAGCAGUCCAUGGGCCUUCCCGUGGACGGAGAAACAAACAUUGGAAGUACUUUCUCACUUAGAAUAGUGGCUGGGCCCACAGCCAACGUAUCUUUUUCUUGUCUAAAUUUUAUAUGGAAGUGUCCAAAUUUUUGAGAAUUUCUUUUGAUCCUCCGCAUUCUUGAGCGGUGAACCAGAUUGUUAGUCGUGUAAUUGUUCAAUAACUUUUCCAGCUUGAAGAAAAGCCGCCUUUAAUCUGAUAUAACGUGCAGUGGCGCAUAAGUGAUUAUUCGGUGCCAAAAAUAGAUUACAGAAAGUGUUUCUUUGGAAAAGGAGGGGAGCUUAAGGCUAUCAAUGGAGGAUAUCAGACUUGUGCCACAAGUCAUAGUCACCCAUGUAAAAACAUUCCAUACAGUGUCACUAAUAAUAUAUUUUAUAUUACCGAGCACCUGCAAACACAGUGGGCCCCACGCAUGAUCAAUACACUAUUGAAACAUUUAAGACACUCUUUUCUUUCCUCAUUACAUCCAGUUAUGAAUUGCCAUAGAUUGAAUAUAAUAUCAGAACUCAGCAAUGGUUGCUUCGGACAGUUCAGUUUAAAAAUUACGGGGAACGGAUCAUAUUUUAUAUAUUUUUGCUAUUACAAGAUUUGCACUUCAACAUUUAGGAUGUCAGGAAGUUAUUACCUUGAGAAUAAUGGUUAGCUCUGUGUGGUAAUCUGACUAUUUUAUAGAAUACAAUCUAUUUGUAAAGUUUUUUUUUACUCCAGAUCAAACAAAUAGUGAAAUGUAUUUGUAAAAAGAAAUCCUGUAGCAAGAGCAAAUUGUCGUAUUCUAUUUAACCUAAUCAACUGAGAAGACUUCUGCUGCGACCUGUGCGUGCCUGACUUUAGAUGUUGUAAACGCUGAGGUGCAGGUUUCUAAUCUGAACCUUGUCAUCCUUAGGUGAGUAGUACAGACCUGUCACACUCCUUCACAAUAGUGGCCAGCUUGGCUCCUCCAAUCUUGUACUUCGUACUUUAUACUUGCAAGUCUUGUACUAAUAUGGUCUUUCAAGUAUUAAAUUGCAUCUAAUAAAAAAGAUGUUGGCAGGA